CCCCAAUCUAAAAUGGUGAUAUACUGUAUAUUAAUUUGUAAAAAAUGUGGAAAAGAAGAUUGAGGCAGGAGACGGAGGAGCAGAAAGUGCAAACUGACUUCUUAGAUGGGUUACAGACAAAUUUACCAGUUAGAAAUAUUAUGCAAUUCCAAAUUCUACGAACUCUCAUCUUACAUAAACGGAUUUAAUUAACCAGACGAAACAAGCCCUUCCCCCUCCUUAUUGUUGCUACGUUUGAUCUGGGGGGUUCUUGGUUUGAUUGCGUGCCAAAAGUAAAACGCUAAGAAUAGUUGCGACUCUUCGCUGUGAACUUAGCCUGCAGCCCCUUGUAGUUCGCCCGGCAAACAGCUCGAGCUUUGGACCCGCUCGGUGUGGAAUUACGCAAUUGCCACUCGGUUCUAUUGUCGGCUGUGCCCGCCUCCUUCUCCAUGGAUCAGGUUUUGUGGGCACACCAGGAAUGAGGCAGGCUGGCAUCUGAGCCCAAGCCCGACCAGGAGCUUUCUUUUGAGUUGGGCAAGGAGGCUGGCAUGGAGUUCAGCGCAGCCACGGCCGCCCUUCUGGCUAUCUGCAUCGCCUGCCUACUGAUGUUCUUCAAAGGGAGCAGGCAGGGCAAGAGGGGGCAUCUUCCCCCAGGACCUCGGCCGCUGCCCAUCGUGGGCAAUCUGCUCCUCCUGGACAUGAAGAACACGGUGAAGUCAAUGUUGGAGGUAAGGUCAGCGCCUUGGGGUGGGGGGGUCAGCUAAAUGCUGCUGCAAUCCUUUAGGAAGACACCUGUUUGCAAUUGAGAAGAGGCUAAGGGAGGGGCAAACCUGAGUUCGAAUCCUGCUUGCUGGCCCCUGUGGGAACUGGAUGCUGGACCAGCCGGGCCCCCUUGGGCCUGAUCCAGCAGGUUCUUCUUACAUCUGGACGUCCUCUCUGCACCCCGUGGUUCCCUCCCCCCCUUUCUCCCUCUGCCUCCAGCUCAGCCAGCGCUAUGGAUCUAUCUAUACCAUCUACCUGGGCUCUCAGCCCUUUGUGGUUCUCUGCGGGUACCAAGUGGUGAAGGAGGCCCUGGUGGACCAAGCCGAGGAGUUCAGUGCCCGCGGAGACUUGCCGGUGAUUUUCGACUUCACCCGAGGGGAUGGUGAGCCCGCCUGCUUCCUCCGCUUGCAGCUGGGGUGGGUGUGUCUGAGCGGGUGUGUGUGUGUUAAUUCCUAAAAAGAGAGGUGCAGGGAUGGAGAAGGGGCAGGAAAGGGCGAUGAGAUUCGGUCUGAACACCUCUUUUGGAGAAAGCCUCUAAUGUUUCUCAGUUUGGGCAAAAACAUAGGCGGCAUGAUCAGAGAGAGGGAGUUGGGCAUGUUUAACCUGGAGAAGAGGAGAUUGACAGGUGACAGGAACAGGAUAGCCUCUUUACAUCGAUAGGUUGUCCUGUGCAAGAUGGAGGAAGUUUGUUAUCUGCUGCAAUUAUUAUUAUUAUUAUUAUUAUUAUUAUUAUUAUUAUUAUUAUUUUAUUUUUACCCUGCCCAUCUGGCCGGGUCUCCCCAGCCACUCUGGGCAGCUUGCAACAGGAUAUUAAAAACACAAUAUGGCAUUAAACAUUAAAAACUUCCCUAAACAGGGCUGCCUUCAGAUGUCUUCUUAAAGUCAGAUGUCUAUCCAGCCCAAAUGCCUUCUAAAUCCGGCCCGCGGACAGUCCUGGAAUCAGUGUGUUUUUGCAUGAGUAGAAUGUGUCCUUUUAUUUAAAAUGCAUCUCUGGGUUAGUUGUGGGGCAUAGGAAUUCAUUUAUAAUUUUUUCAAAAUAUAGUCCGGCCCCCCACAAGGUCUGAGGGACAGUGGACCGGCCCCCUGCUGAAAAAGUUUGCCCACCCCUGUGGUAGACUCUCCUUCCUUGGAGACAUUUAACCAAAGGUUGGAUGGCCACCUGUCAUGUAUGGUCUAGUUGCGAUUCCUGCAUUGCAGGGGGUUGGACUGGAUGUCCCCUUAGGGUCCCUUCCAACUAUAGUUCUAUAUAAAAUGAAGGGGGAGGAGGGCAGAGUUUUUGGUUCCUCAGGACGCCCCAAUAUGUAGUGACGGCAAAUAGCUUAGAUCAGGGGCGUGCGGUCAUUGGACUAAGAGGACUAGGCUAUUCCCCUAAAUUUCCCCCUGGUGCCUCCUUCCCAAAGCCCGGGAAGCUUCUGCCCAGUUUAGGGAGGGCGGAACGAGACUCUUAUGGGUCCAGAAUCCAUCCUGCCAUCUUCCCAAAUCCCACCCGGCUUUUGGACGGGAUCCUGCCAGAGCCCUGGCACCUUCUUUACAAAGCCCAGGAUGCUUCUGCCCAGCUUAGAGAGCGAGGCAUCAUGCUCAAGUGUGAGACGUCAGGACGUCGAUGUCGGGAAUCAAGCCUUUAUCAGGAGAAACUGGCAACUCUCCAGGCACCCGGCUUGGUCUCCUGUUGACCUCCCUGUCUGCAUUCCCCAGCAGGAUACAGGCUAGGUCGCGAUAGGCGAUUCUUCUCAGCGUGAGAAGAACACCCCCCCUCUUUCCUGCCCCCGCCUGCAGGGGAAAGAGAUAGACAGAAAUGUAUUCACAUUCCUUUAUUUCUGUCUUUGCAGCAUUACAAAAGCAUGACUGCUCUCUUCAAACUCCAGCAGUCGAGACACAAACACUUCCUGUACAAGAGCAAAAGGAAGAGCUCAUAUUACACUCUGAGCUAAUUCCGGUGCAUUGCCCUGUGAAUUGACUGUCUCUCUGUUUCCCACGGAACAGUCCUAACAUUCCAUCAUGUGCUGUUUUCAAGCCAGCAGCUCGCGGCUGCAUUGCUUUUAUAUCGUAACAGUCACAACAUCACACGCAUGACAUCUCACGCCCCUCGCAAGCUAGCGCUUAAAUGUUCCCCUAUGAAAAAUGACACCACGUGACACUGGCUUAGAUGACUUCAGAACAGGAAUGGAGAAAUUCUUUUUUUAUUAAGAAUAAUUUUUUAUUAACCGACCAAUCACAUCAAAUCAAACCAAAUUACAUAAAUUCCAAAUUACACAGCCGAAUUUUAAAUUUUUGUUGGGGGUACCCAUAUUUCAAGUUCCGAAGGGAUCCAAUCAACUUCUUGCUUCUUACUGCUGUUUUAAUGUCCACAAAUCUAACCUUAUGAUGUUCACAGUACUAUCCAGUCCUUUCUUAUUAUUUUUCCACAUCUCUUGUUGUUAUUUUCAUAUAUUUUUCCUUUCUCUUUGUGACCUCUGAUAGUCUCGCAAGCUGGUUAGAACAGUUUGUAAUCCUGCGUGGAUAUUUUUUUUUAUCCAGUAGCCAUAUCCAGACGUUUUCCAUAUAACAUCACUUCCAUACAUCAAAACAGUCUUAGCGUCAUUAAUCUUCACCAAUCUGCCUCCUUUCUCAAAACCUCUGAGGAGAUUCACUAGGAAUGCAGUCUGAAAACAAACCCAUUCUUCCUCCCGGCUAUAAAUCCUUUGGCAAGAUGGCGACUCCGAAUUAAUUGCUGCGCCAUUCCCAAAAGCUCUUAUUGCUUCUCGGUCUCCAUAAAGCAUACUUUUGGUUAAAGUUUAUCUCCACACAGACCUUAAUCAUCCUGCUUGGGUCAGUUCAACCAACGGUUCUAAUGAGGAGGGGUUCUUGUAAAUCACAUAGAAGGAAAGUAAAAAAGGUGUCCCCCCCCCAUUCAGCCCCGUUGUCAACAUACCCCGCCUUUGGUGUAUCUUCAUAGUAAAAUAUUCCUGUUUCUCCAGCCCGUCGUCUUCUUUUGCAGAGGUCACUUAAAUUAGCAGACUUAAAUUCACUUAAAUUAGCAGACUUCACUCCCCUUCUUCACUUGAAAUAUGUGCAUUUGCUUCUUUUGUAAUUAAUUAUUCCAGAUUGCUGCAACUAGUGCACGAUCAGAGACAGCGUCCAGGAGAGCCGAUGUCCACACGGGGGCAUUCUGCCUAGGGCCCUCACCCCCUUCUUUCGAAUUAGGUGGUGAUUUAUGGGCACAGCAGGCAAGGACAGUGUUCCCCAUUUCCUUGGGGCAACAAGGGAGGCUGCCUAUUCCCAUAACAGCCUCUUAAUUACCCCGUGUGGGUCGAAGAGAUGGUAUUGUCGGCCAUCUUCCAAUGCGCCCCCUAGUGGCCCCCCAGGAAUGGAGAAAUUCUAUGAUUCUAUGAAGGUGCUGGUGGAGAGGCGUGAUUGUGGCGACUCAGUGGCACCUCCAUGUGUAGAGGCAGUCUACCUCUGCAUGCCAUUUGCUUUGGAGAGCGACAGUGGGAGUGAGCUGUUGGCUUUGUGUGCUGCCUGAGGGCAUCCUGGAGGCACCUGCUGGGCCUGAUGGGCUCACCUUGUCUUAAAAUAAUAAUAAUAAUAAUAAUAAUAAUAAUAAUAAUAAUAAUAAUAAAUAAUGGAUCUGCUUCUGCAGCCCUGGUACCAUAGCUGUCAACCUUCCCUUUUUUUGUGGGAAAUUCCCUUAUUCCAGCGCCGUUUCCCGCUGCUAUCCCGGAUUGUUAGAUAUCCCGUAGACUGUCCCCGGGACAGGUGAGGCUGCUGAUCCCUUAUUUUCAAAUCUGAAAGUUGACAGCUAUGCCUGGCACUGCCCACACUCUUAAGGGCUCCAGCCAUUGCUAUCUCUUUGAGCGAUGUCUCUAGCCAAUGUCUUCUCUCCUCCCCCCAUAGGGAUUUCCUUGUCUCAAGGGGAGAAAUGGAAGGUCUUGCGCCGUUUUACGAUACACACGCUGCGCAAUUUUGGGAUGGGGAAGCACAGCAUUGAGGAACGGAUCCAGGAGGAGGCCCAGUACCUGGUGCAAGAGCUGGCAAAGACCAAAGGUGCGUUUGCCGUUCCUUGGGGCAGGUGGGGUUGGGCGGGGCCACACACACCUGCGAAGUUCUGGCCUUUCCACCUGUCCCUUUUGCAGGAGAGCCCUCUGACCUCACCCUCACCCUCGGCCAUGCCGUCUCCAACGUCAUCUGCUCCAUCGUUUUCGGGGACCGGUUUGACUACGAGGACAAGAAAUUCCUGACUUUGGUGGGACUGAUGAAUGACAACUUCCGCAUCUUCAGCUCGCCUUGUGCCCAGGUGAGUCCCGAUCUCUUGGGAAGGCAGAAAGCCAGGCGAGCCUGGCAGCUGGAUCAGGCCCAAGGGGUCCCCUCUAGCCUGGCGUCCCCACAGUGGCCAGCUGGGUGCACCGAGGGGAAGAAGUCCACAAGCAGGACUUGAGUGCGAGAGCCUAAUUUUUCCACUUGCAAUAUCCAGAUAGUGGCAUUCAGAGGCAGACAGAGGCGGGUGAACAUAGCCAUUAUGGCAAGGAACCCUUGAUAUUUCUUCUUCCUUUCUUCCUUUCUUCCUUUCUUCCUUUCUUUGGCGAUCACUCGUAGCCAAGUAUACACACCAGUGAAUCUUGUUGUCUGGUUCUGUUUAUCAUAAAUAUUCAAAGCUUGCAAUGCAGAACCUUGUGUAUUUUCUCAGCAAAGUGGAAGCAAGUCUCUUCUGAAGGAAUGGUGUUUCUCGGUUCAUUUAUUCAUUUCUCAAAAACAUCUCUGCUUCCCCAUUUUGACAUGCCUGGGGAUUUUGUUUUGAAGCUGGAUUGUGGAAGGGAGACUCUCCCUGAAACACUUGCCCUCUCGCACAAGCGAGUACUUGCAGGGUCGGGGCCUUUCAUCUUUCAUCUUCUCCUCCCUCCCUAGUUGUACAACACUUUCCCCCACAUCCUGCGCUACCUGCCCGGACCUCACAAGCAACUUUUCGCCAAUUUUGAGAAGUUGCGCCUCUUCAUUCUGGAGAUAGUCAAGGAGCACCAGGCGACCUUCGACCCCAGCUGCCCUCGCGACUUCAUCGAUAGCUUCCUGCUCAAAAUGCAAGAGGUGAGCCCUUGGGCUCUGGGGGGGUGGAGGAGGGGCUAAAUCCUUGUCUACGUGCUUCUUCUCACCUGGGGCCGGCAGGGAAAGGGCAGAGGGGGCGUUCCUGGCUGGGGGCAUCAGGGCAGCUUCCUGGUAGCUUCAUCAAGGGCGAGGGUGUGUUCUGCCAUGGACACUGGAGGCCUUGCCUUGCUGCCUGUUUGCUCACCUUGGAGAUAAUCUCCCCGUCUUUUGGUGGAGGCCAAGACAGGGGCGGGUGUGGGGUAACCUGAGCCCCGUCCCAGGUAAGCCCUGGAUUUGGGACAUGUCCAAAAAGGGGUGGGUGUGUUGUGCAGCACCAUUUGCAAAGCUCAGGUGCCACACCAGCCCUGAAAUCCCUCUCUUGGGAAGGACGAACAACAAGUAGGAUCAAUGUAAUAUCCAAGAGAUGCAAAUCUCCAAAGAAAAUAAACCCUUAAUGAUGAGUGAAAAGCGUAUUACAGCUGCAAAGAUUAAAAGGCAACAAACAAACAAAGAAGCAGAGCCUGGCUUCUUUAGCCCCCUUCUUUAGCAGACGCCCGAAAGGGGAGCCCCCAAGCAGGAUCCGACCACAAGAGCCUCUCCCCUCCUGGGGUUUCCAGCAACUGAGAUUCUGUAGCUUUGCUGCCUCCAACUGCGGAAACAGAGCAGAGCCGUCCUGGCUAGCAGCCACUCACAGCCCUCUCUUCCUCCAUCAAUUUGUCCAGUCCUCUUUUAAUGCCACGCAAGUUGCUGGCCAUCAUUGCCUCCUGUGGCAGGCAGUUCCACAGUUCAACUGUGUGCCACAACCUCUGCAAACUAUCGCUUCAGAGGAAUGUGUGUAACUCAGAAAGCCUUAGGCAAACUGAGAUGAAUAGCUUCCUUUGCAACACCACAUUCUUGCGCAAUGUGUUUAUUUAAAAUGUUUGAAUACUGCCUUCUGUUAAAUCCUCAAGGCAAUACAAGACUGCAAACAAGAUGAAUUUUAACAGGGAGAAAUGUAAAGUAUUGCACUUGGGCAAAAAAAAUGAGAGGCACAAAUACAAGAUGGGUGACACCUGGCUUGAGAGCAGUACAUGUGAAAAGGAUCUAGGAGUCUUGGUUGACCACAAACUUGACAUAAGCCAACAGUGUGACGCGGCAGCUAAAAAAGCCAAUGCAAUUCUGGGCUGCAUCAAUAGGAGUAUAGCAUCUAGAUCAAGGGAAGUAAUAGUGCCACUGUAUUCUGCUCUGGUCAGACCUCACCUGAAGUACUGUGUCCAGUUCUGGGCACCACAGUUCAAGAAGGACACUGACAAACUGGAACGUGUCCAGAGGAGGGCAACCAAAAUGGUCAAAGGCCUGGAAAUGAUGCCUUAUGAGGAACGGCUAAGGGAGCUGGGCAUGUUUAGCCUGGAGAAGAGGAGGUUAAGGGGUGAUAUGAUAGCCAUGUUCAAUAUAUAAAAGGAUGUCACAUAGAGGAGGGAGAAAGGUUGUUUUCUGCUGCUCCAGAGAAGCGGACACGGAGCAAUGGAUCCAAACUACAAGAAAGAAGAGUCCACCUAAACAUUAGGAAGAACUUCCUGACAAUAAGAGCUGCUCGACAGUGGAAUUUGCUGCCAAGGAGUGUGGUGGAGUCUCCUUCUUUGGAGGUCUUUAAGCAGAGGCUUGACAACCAUAUGUCAGGAGUGCUCUGAUGGUGUUUCCUGCUUGGCAGGGGGUUGGACUCGAUGGCCCUUGUGGUCUCUUCCAACUCUAUGAUUCUAUGAUUCUAUGCUAGAUAAGACAAGACAAGCAAAAAAUUAAAAUCCAGUUUAUUUAACUAUGACCAAACAAUUAUCAAUGCCCUUGGUGCCCCUGACCAGCAAAGGCCCUGGGGUGUGUGAAUAAAUACGCUUUCAUAAAGUGUCAAAAGUUAGACACCGCUGGCACUUGUUUUCGUUAGACAGCUCACAUAUCUUUCAAGCUCAUUUGCCAGGUAUUAUAGAUCACAAACAAAUGAGCGGUGCCUCCUGUCAAGUAAGUAGAAUAUUUACUUUUUAAAGUCUGGAAUGUUUUGUGUGUGUUUGUUUGUUGCUAAAUCAGCCUUAAUCGUGCAACCUAAAUUGGCUAAAUCAGCUUUAAUUGUGCAACCCAAAUUUGCUGGUCUGUGACUUCCUCCCUCUUGGAAACAGCGAGGCUCCCUCCAUUGCAUAGCUGUCAACUUACAGAUUUGAAAAUAAGGGACCAGCAGCCAAAAUAGGGGACCUGCAGCCUCCCCUGUUCCAGGCACUCCAGUCUUCCUGUCCUCCUGCAGUCUGGUCAAACUCAUGCUGGUAGCUUCAAGAACACUGUUCAACCAACUUUGUAACCAGGGGUUCAACUGAAUAGAAUCUGAAUCACAUGCACCACAAGGCCUAUGCAGCCUCAACUUAAGAUGGCUCCCCAGCCUGGCUUUGCACUGCAAAGUUUGCAGCAGCACAUGCAACAAAAUGGCGUCCAGCAUUCAAAAACCUCCUCAGCUUGCAUUAACUAGCCACACACAAGGCAUGCAAGCUCCACGCCCCAGUCGUUCUUAAACUUCUUAUUGGGUGAGCAACACAGCCAAGCAACACAGUUGGAACCUCCCUCCUCCCUGGCCGGCAGGGAGGGAGAGGAGCUGCUUCCUUUGAAAUUUAAGGGACAUCAUUUAAGGGACAUUUAAGGGACAUCCAUCAAUAAGGGACAGCAGCGGGACAUGGCACUGGAAUAAGGGACUGUCCCUUCAAAUAAGGGACACUUGACAGCUAUGCUCCAUUGCGGUCCAUCCAACCUUCCUCUCCGAGGCAUCCUAAGAGGGAGAGGAACAGCCAGCAAUGAAGGCAAGACGGCCAGAUUAUGCCAGCUGCCAACCUAUAAUAAUAAUAAUAAUAAUUUUUAUUUAUACCUUGCCCUACCCAGCCAAGACCCGGCUCAGGGCGGCUUACAAUCAAUAAUAAAAUGUUGCCUUGGCUGUUACUCUACCCUGCGCCUCCAUGGAAAGGGAGGCGUCAAGGAUUACACCCAGACUCUUAACGGAAGGCAAUGGCACUAAUUAGGCCCCCUUAAGAGAAGGGAGUUGGUUCCUCAUCCCCUUGCCAUUCCGACCCAGCCAGAGGACCUCUGUCUUCGAAGGAUUUAGUUUCAAUCGACUCCCACGAAACCAUCCAGCCACAGCUUCCAAGCAUCUGGUCAGUGUGUCCAGGGCCUCAUCGGUAUGGCCAUCCAUCAGCAGAUAGAGCUGAGUGUCAUCAGCAUAUUGGUGACAACCCAGCCCAAAGCUCCGGACAAUCUGGGCAAGGGGGCGCAUAAAGAUCUAGCAGAUUGAGUUUAAUAGGAGUUUCCUGCCAUGGAGGAGGAAACACCUCCAGGGUCCAAAGCCCCGGCGAUUAUAUUUCACAGGAAAUACAUGCAAGUCUAGCAGGGCGAGGUCCCAACUCGAUUGGUGAGGUCACAGAGAGCUGAAAAACACCCCGCGCCUUGUCCCUUUGUGUAAGACUCAUGCCCCGGGCAUCUCCACCUCUCUCCGCAGGAAAAGAAGGACCCCCUCAGCCACUUCCACACCAACACGCUUGUCAUGACCACCCACAACCUUUUCUUCGGGGGAACGGAGUCCGUCAGCACCACCCUUCGCUACGGGGUCCUCAUCCUCAUGAAGCACCCGGAGGUCGCAGGUGAGCUGGGAAGGUCCCACGGUUGCGUUGAUCGUUGAUGUCCAUUGACCAUGUUCACACCCCACCUUCUUUCAAGGUGGAUGGGCACACGGUUGUCUUCCUCCCCAAUUUAUCCUCACAACAACCCUGUGAGGUAGACUAGUGUGCUGGGUCCGGGGGUAACCCGUGAAACACGGUCCAGGACCGGUCCAGAAUCCGAAGGUUCCGCUAGGAGUCAGUCCGACAGGGCCAAGGCAGGAAACCAGGCAAGGACAGGUACAGGAUCUCAGGCAGGAUCUGGCAAGACAGCAAUGUUGCUCCCGCAACCUGGGGCGGGGUCCGACAGCCUUUUAUCUUUGUCGGGGUAGUGGCCGGUCCUGAUCCCCCAGUGACUCGCCUCCCUGUUUCGCCCAAAGGCGAACACUCCUCCUGCGAGUACAGUGGUACCUCGGGUUACAUAAACUUCAGGUUACAGAUGCUUCGGGUUACAGACUCCGCUAACCCAGAAAUAUUACCUCGGGUUAAGAACUUUGCUUCAGGAUGAGAACAGAAAUUGUUCUCUGGUGGCGCGGCGGCAGCAGGAGGCCCCAUUAGCUAAAGUGGUGUUUCAGUUUAAGAACAGUUUCAGGUUAAGAAUGGACCUCCAGAACGAAUUAAGUACUUAACCCGACGUACCACUGUACUCAGCGUCUCUCCUUCUCUCAGACCUCAGUCUCUGCAGCUCGUGAGACGUCCGUGGGUUACUAGACCCAGAGGCCGCCUCAGCCUCCACUGACCGAACCAGUAGUGGAGCAGCUGUAAGCGAUGGCCCAGCUGGAGGCAACGAGGGAAUCCCCAUAUCUGGAGCCAGGGCAGGCUCAGGCCCCUGACUCGGCCCAGCUGGUGGGACUAUUCAGGAUCAGGCCCCAGACUUGGUUUAGGUGAUGCCUGAGGGAAAGGAUCCGGUGCGGACUGAGUCUCCUCUGGUUCCGAGUCCGAGUCCCAGGCCAUCACAGCUAGGCUGAGAGGCGGUGACUGGCAGCCAAGGUCACCCAGGAAAGGGGUGGGAAUUUGAACCUUGGUCUCUCCCAGGUCCUAGUCCAACACUUGAACCAUUAUGCCACGCUGCCUAUCACAUGCCACAUGCAUGAUGCUGAUAAUAUACAUACACAUAAGCCUAACUCGACACGCACACAGUGUUAGGUUUUCUAAGAUCUCAAGUGCUGUAUGGAAGUGAGAGCUGGACCAUAAAGAAGGCUGAUCACUGAAGAAUGGAUGCUUUUGAAUUAUGGUGCUGGAGGAGACUCUUGAGAGUCCCAUGGACUGCAAGAAGAUCAAACCUCUCCAUUCUGAAGGAAAUCAGCCCUGAGUGCUCACUGGAAGGACAGAUCCCGAAGCUGAGACUCCAAUACUUUGGCCACCUCAUGAGAAGAGAAGACUCCAUGGAAAAGAUCCUAAUGUUGAGAAAGAUUGAGAGCACAAGGGGACGACAGAAGACGAGAUGGUUGGACAGUGUUCUCGAAGCUACCAGCAUGAGUUUGACCAAACUGCGGGAGGCAGUGGAAGACAGGAGUGCCUGGCGUGCUCUGGUCCAGGGGGUCACAAAGAGUCGGACACGACUAAACGACUAAACAACAACAACAAAGAUCUCAAGGCCCAGAGAUGCCUUUUCCAUCACCAUCUGCUACCCAAAUUGAAUUGGGAUCCUGAGCCCAGGAAGCAGAUGCCCUCUGCCACCAUGCAAACACACUGGAACCUGCCUUCAUCAUCAUCAUCAUUUUUUAUUUGUAUGCCGCCUUCCCACAGUUAAAAAAAAUCCUCAAGGCGGCUUACAACAUGACAAGAUUUACACAAUUACAAAAGUCCUAAACAAUACAUAAACCACAUCAAAAAAUACACAACCAAAUGGAAAACCAUUUCCACAUAAAUUAAAAUCUAAAACUAAGAAUAAAGCAUUAAUAUCGCAGUUUAAAAUGACAUAGGUAAAAAAUAACAGCAAUUUAACCAAAAAACAAAAACAAAACUGAGCCCUCUCUGCCAAGCAGCGGUGGCGGCAGCGAUCCUUUAUAGAGCCCAUUAUAGAGCCCUAGGCCAGGUGGUGAGUGGUAGGACUGGGGCUCUCAGGCACUGAGCAGGGGAGCCUUACGAUGAGCCGGACAAUGGGUCCAUCUCUCUCAGUGUCGCUGACACCGAUUUGAUGGAUUUGAUGAAUUAUGUUUCUGUGCUGCUUUUCAUUCAAAUGAAUCCUACUAAAGCAGCUUGUUGUUGUUGUUUAGUCAUUUAGUCGUGUCCGACUCUUCGUGACCCCAUGGACCAGAGCACGCCAGGCACUCCUGUCUUCCACUGCCUCCCACAGUUUGGUCAGACUCAUGUUUGUAGCUUCGAGAACACUGUCCAACCAUCUCGUCCUCUGUCGUCCCCUUCUCCUUGUGCCCUCUAUCUUUCCCAACAUCAGGGUCUUUUCCAGGGAGUCUUCUCUUCUCAUGAGGUGGCCAAAGUCUUGGAGCCUCAGCUUCAGGAUCUGUCCUUCCAGUGAGCACUCAGGGCUGAUUUCCUUCAGAAUGGAUAGGUUUGAUCUUCUUGUAGUCCAUGGGACUCUCAAGAGUCUCCUCCAGCACCAUAAUUCAAAAGCAUCCAUUCUUCGGCGAUCAGCCUUCUUUAUGGUCCAGCUCUCACUUCCAUACAUCACUACUGGGAAGACCAUGGCUUUAACUAUACGGACCUUUGUUGGCAAGGUGAUGUCUCUGCUUUUUAAGACGCUGUCCAGGUUUGCCAUCGCCUUUCUCCCAAGGAGCAGGCGUCUUUUAAUUUCGUGACUGCUGUCACCAUCUGCAGUGAUCAUGGAGCCCAAGAAAGUAAAAUCUCUCACUGCCUCCAUUUCUUCCCCUUCUAUUUGCCAGGAGGUGAUGGGCCCAGUGGCCAUGAUCUUUGUUUUUUGAUGUUGAGCUUCAGACCAUAUUUUGCGCUCUCCUCUUUCACCCUCAUUAAAAGGUUCUUUAAUUCCUCCUCACUUUCUGCCAUCAAGGUUGUGUCAUCUGCAUAUCUGAGGUUAUUGAUAUUUCUUCCGGCGAUCUUAAUUCCGGCUUGGGAUUCAUCCAGCCCAGCCUUUCGCAUGAUGAAUUCUGCAUAUAAGUUAAAUAAGCAGGGAGACAAUAUACAGCCUUGCCGCACUCCUUUCCCAAUUUUGAACCAAUCAGUUGUUCCAUAUCCAGUUCUAACUGUAGCUUCUUGUCCCACAUAGAGAUUUCUCAGGAGACAGAUGAGGUGAUCAGGCACUCCCAUUUCUUUAAGAACUUUCCAUAGUUUGCUGUGGUCGACACAGUCAAAGGCUUUUGCAUAGUCAAUGAAGCAGAAGUAGAAGUCUUUCUGGAACUCUCUAGCUUUCUCCAUAAUCCAGCGCAUGUUUGCAAUUUGGUCUCUGGUUCCUCUGCCUCUUCUAAAUCCAGAUUGCACUUCUGGGAGUUCUCGGUCCACAUACUGCUUAAGCCUGCCUUGUAGAAUUUUAAGCAUAAACUUGCUAGCGUGUGAAAUGAGUGCAAUUGUGCGGUAGUUGGAGCAUUCUUUGGCACUGCCCUUCUUUGGGAUUGGGAUAUAUACUGAUCUUCUCCAAUCCUCUGGCCACUGCUGAGUUUUCCAAAUUUGCUGGCAUAUUGAGUGUAGCACCUUAACAGCAUCAUCUUUUAAAAUUUUAAAUAGUUCAGCUGGAAUAUCAUCACUUCCACUGGCCUUGUUAUUAGCAGUGCUUUCUAAAGCAGCUUACAAGCAAUAAAUAUCAGUAACACGACAGGACAUAAUAGAACAUCACAAAUACAGCAUAAAUCAUAUAAAAUAAUGAACAAACCAUUGGUGAAACAGUUGCUAUCUUAACAAAGGGGAGGUAUUGGGUUGUUUUCAUUUUCAUUAUGUAUUUCGUGUUUUUAUAUUGUGAUUUUAUCCUGUGGACCUCCCUGAGACCUGUAGGUAGAGGGCAGUAUACAAAUGAAAUUGAUGAUAAUGAUAAUGAUGAUAAUAUCAACAACAACAAUAAUGAAGAUGAUGCAACAGUAGAGCUAGGGAAGCUUCAGGUAAGUUGGCAGUGGCAGCCCCAAUUGAGUCUUCAGUUUUAUGGUUAAGCUUUACUGUUUUACAGCUUGGUUUUAGUGUUACUUUUGCCAAUGCCAUUGCCUUCAUUGCAACUCAACGGUUUAUGGCUUAACAUUUCACUGCCAAUUCCAGAUGCGCAAGUUAUAAAUAUAUUAUUAUUAUUAUUAUGUCCGCAGCCAAGGUCCAAGAAGAGAUCAGCAAGGUCAUUGGUCCUCACCGCAACCCAUCGACUGAGGACCGGGUGAAGAUGCCAUACACGGACGCCGUGAUCCACGAGAUCCAGAGAUUCGUUGAUCUCAUCCCCCUGGGGGUCCCCCAUGCUGUGACCAAGGACACUCACUUCCGUGGCUUUGUGCUCCCAAAGGUGCUUGGGAAUAAAAAAUCCCCCCUUCCCAAGGGAUGGGAAGUUUAUCUUUGGGCUGCUGAUGGUGGGAUGGGGAACAAACGCUUUCUGAUUGGUUCUGGCUGUGUUCACGCAAAGUCCGACAUCCUUCUGUUCCUGUCUCAGGUCACGGUUGUGGCUUGGAGACGGUUCUGCAUGACGCUGCUGUUUCAUGGGAGGAUGAGGAGAAACCCCCCCUUUCUAAAGAAAGUGCUCUCGUUUUGAACUCUGUUUCCCAUCUUGAGUAGGGUGAAAUUCUGAGCCUUUGUGGCACUCCAGGGUAGCUCCUGGAGAGAAAGGCCUCUCCUCUAGAGAAAGGCGGUGGAGAACUCUGGUAGCAGCAGCAGCAGGGGUAGUACAGUAUAUGUGAAGGAAAUAAGCAGCUAUCUUAUCUUUAAAAGACAUCUGAAGACAGCCCUGUUUAGGGAAGUUUUUAAUAAUUAAUGCUGUACUGUUUUUAACAUUUGAUUGGGAGCUGCCUAGAGUGGCUGGGGAAACUCAGCCAGAUGGGCGGGGUAUAAAUAAUAAAUUAAGAACGUAAGAACAGGCUGGUUGGAUCAGCAUUACCCUCCAACAUUUCUCUGAUGAAAAUAGGGACGUCCCAUUCCAUACUAAUAAUUUUACUAUUUAUACUCCAAGCAUCUGAUUGGGUUGCCCCAGAUAUAAAAACAUAAAACAUGAAACAUUUAAAAAACUUCCCUAUACAGGAUUGCCUUCAGAUGGCUUGGGGGUUGGAUAACUCCAUACCUUCCGACGGAAAUAGGGACAUCCUAAGGAAAAGUGGGACAUUCCGGGAUCAAAUCAGAAACUGGGAUGGCCUCUCUAAAUCAGGGACGUCCCUAGAAAAUAGGGACACUUGGAGGGUCUGGAUCAGGCCAGUGGCUCUCACAGUGGCAACCAGAUGUCUGAUAUGGGAAAACCAGCAACGGAUUUUCAGAAGCAUUUUCCAGCUCUGUAGUCCUUUUCAGGGGAGGCGACCAGAGCAGCAGUCAAAGUGGUAUGAGGGUGCUCUCAGCGCCUGGCAUGGCCCUACAAGGAUGGGAGCCCACAUUCUGGGGCGUUUCUGGCCUCGCCAACUUGCUUCUCCCCUUUACCCCCAACAGGGCACCAACAUCAUGCCUCUUCUUCACUCUGUCCACAAAGAUCCCACCCAGUUCAAGAACCCGGAAGCUUUUGACCCUACCCACUUCCUGGACGAGAAAGGCGGCUUCCGCCGAAGCGAUGCCUUCAUGCCCUUUUCUGCUGGUGAGUUCCUAGUGGGGGGUGGCAAGAUAGGCAAUGGGGAGCGGGGAGGUGUAAGGAAUGGGCCCUCGUAUUGCCCCCCUGGAUUGUGUUGUAGACAAAAACUGCCCUUUUCCCCUUAUGGGGUAUCCAAGAGCCUGUUAGAAUUCCUGCUCCGUGAUGGCUGGCUUCAGGAGUUGCUCACCGCUGUGGCACCCACCAUUUUGCCUCGCCAGAAGUCCCCAUAUGAUGUGUCUUGUGCCGUUGAACCCAUCACGCAACAUUCAUUCCCUACUAAUAAAUCUACAACACUUCAAAUAUAAAUCCGGGACAUUAAAUGAAAUCUGGGGACAUUCCGGGGACGGAUUUUGUCUGGGGACAGAUUUGUAAAUCCGGGGACUGUCCCUGGGAAACGGGGACAUCUGGUAACCAUACUCCAACAUUUCUCUAAUGAAAGUAGGGACGUCCCAUUCCAUAAUGAUAAUCUCACUAUUUAUACCCCACACAUCUUACUGGGUUGCCCCAGCCACCCUGGGCGGCAUCACAACAACUUUCUAGUGCUGCCCAAACAGGGUGAAAUCUGGAAGAGAAGGGUGAGUCCGUUUAAUCCGAGAAGAGGUAUUACCUUGAGCAAUUCGGGUUGAGCAACAGAAUCUUCUGGGCCAAGAAAUGCGAUACGGGCCUAUUGUUAAAGAUUAAUGAAAUCCAGGGACAUUCUGGAGAUGGAAUUUGUCCAGGGACAUAUUUGUAAAUCCGGGGACUGUCCCCAGAAAACGGGGACGUCUGGUAACCAUACGCUAGAGAGCAGUUUAUGUAUAGAAAUUUAGAUGCUGAAACUCUUGCUCAUGAAUGCAAAGCCUCGAAGGAACUGCUGACUGGUUUGUUUGUUUUGUCCCCUCAGGGAAACGCUUGUGCCUGGGUGAAGGUUUGGCGCGCAUGGAGCUGUUCCUGUAUCUCACCAAACUCCUCCAGCGCUUCACCUUCCAGCCCACCUGCCCCCGCGAGGAGCUGGACCUCUCGCCCCUGUCCAGCGGCACAGGGAACGUCCCUCGCCCCUACAGAUGCCGCAUUGUCCCCCGCUGAGCUGCCCCUCUUGCCGCUUGCCCCCCCAUUCUCCCCAGAACAGCCUUCCCCGGCGGGGUGAGGCUCUCCCAGUGUUUCUGGGGGCGCCACCUUGGGGAAGGCACGGCCCUCCUUGCCAACCGUAGCCCAGGUGGCUUUCUUUACCUAUAGCUGGAACGUGGCUGGAUCUUUGGCAGGGGGGUGGGGAGGGCUGGGCAUUUUCUUAGCACCAUGCAAGAUGCAGAAGCAGGGCUCUGAAUGUGCCCACCCCCCUGCAGGAAAAGAGAGACUUGGACUAGAUGCUCCAUUGACCUGACUCAGUGGCAGGCAGUUCCAGGGGUGCCUAUGCAGCUUUGCAUGCCUGAGGUGGGGCAGGCACAAGUCGGGGCGUGAGCGGCUUUCAUUUUCAAAAUGGUGGGGUUAAUCUGGUGCAGGCCCGCAUUACACACCCCAGCUUGCCAGGAGCUCACCCAGGCAGCGACAUUUUAAAGGGACCUUGCCAAUCUUGAGAAAAGCACCCCAAAACACUCUGUAACGUGACAACGGCUCCCGGGACCCUCUGCCCAAAUACUGCUUUGGGGUACGAAUUCCUUCCCUCAGAGAGCCUUUAUUGCUUUCUGGAAACUGCAGACUGGGAUCGUGCCCAGAUUCCCCUUGCUCCUCCACAUUCUUGCCCUGCCCAGCAGAAAUAUUAGGUCGGGUAAUCUCAGGUGUGCUCUUUCUCAAGAUGUCGGUGUAAGCAUUUACUAAUAAAGGACUCCCUCCCUCCAAGGGCUGAG